GCACGCUGUCCAUUAUUACGAAUAAACGGCUGUCUUCAGCACGUCCAAUCGGAGCCUGGUAUAAACGACAAGUAAACCUCGUGAAAAUGUUCGUGACGAAUGUCAGUUUCCGGCUUUUGACAUUACUCCGGCCCGGCUCCUUUAAAGCGACCAUUUCAUACUUUUGAUAUGAACCUCAUCAUCUUUUCAUGGCAAGCUCGAAUUCUAGUACAGACGACGUCUCCUCUAUAGCUGGAAAUGUAUCGGACGAAAUUAAGAGAAUCGUUGGGUUUCCGAUGCGUAUCUUUCGCAUGACGACAGAUGAAGGAGAACCCACCGGAUUCGGUGCCACGUUUACGUCGGGAAUGACUGUUUCCGAGGUGUCUAUGAUACCCAAAGCGGAAGAACCAACGAAGCAGGAAGGAAGAGGUGAUAUGGUCAACGGCGCCAUGACAAUUCAUGGGGGUUGCUCUGCUUACUUGGUUGACAGUUUUGAACUGCUUUGCAGUUGUUCCACUCUGGCAAUAAUGGCUUAUACCUUGGCCUCUGGGAGACCAGUCAAUACCGUUUCACAGUCAAUCAACAUGAUGUACCAUUCCCCAGCCGGUUUGUGAGUUGCCAACAAUAAUACUGCGCUGUACAUAUCUAAGCUGAUGGCACGUAGGGGCGAGGAACUCCGGAUAGUCAACACGACGAUGUCCAUUGGUUCGAAAACUCUGAUUGCUCGCACGGAGGUGCGUUGAUUUCAUUGAGCAUAUUAUUACUUACGAAUUGCACCACAGAUUUGGAGCGACACUACGAAGCGUCUCGUAGCUUCUGGAGUGCACAGCAAAAUGGAACCAUCGCAGGCCAAACUAUAGAGUGGGAGAGCAGAUAUGUGUCUGCCUUUCUUAGAAUGGAUAUCUUUGAAUAAUCUGUAUAAUAAUACCAUCACCAUGCUAUCCAAAGCCAAUAGCCCUUUUGUGAAGCCGGUGGUCCGUGUACGCCACAGAAGGUGGCUUCAUUGGGGCGAUCGACUGA